AUGACAUCACACGGUGUCAAAACACGCGGCCAUCUCUGGAAAUUAGGUUGCGUUGUCGAUACCGCAGAUUUCCCGCCAAACCUGCCGUGGAUAAAGAAUCCAACGGAAUUGUUAAUUUGCAUGAACGGAAAGCUUUGCUAUAAUUACGACGUAGCUUAUGUUGGGAAGCUUUGGUCAACCUUUACAGAAAAGGAUUUUUAUAACAUGGUUUUGGAGUUAGCUGCUGCGAUUUUAGCACGCUGGGAGCUGAUGUUGAGUAAUUUAUGGAACAACCCGUGGCAAUAUUCCUACCGCGCAGUUUUCUUCUUUUUACCAUCGCCGCCACUUUCCUUUGCUUUUACAUCGGUAAUGCAGGGGCAAACUGGUUUACAAAAGCACGACGCUAACGGUUUCGACUAUAACACCUUUUUCACAUCAAUAUUCGAGGUUUAA